AUGAACGUUGCGUUUUUUCUGCGGAUGAAAAGGCCCGUGGUGCCAACGAACCAGAGAGAGAAAGAAAGACAGACCAGUCACAGAGUGGCUGGCGAGCAAGUCGCCGUUGUUCGCUCGCAUUCGUCGUCGAGGGAGCAGCUGGACCGACGGAGGUACGAGUUGCCUCAUGGGAGCAAGUUCCGGGAACGAGCCUCUGAGUCGGAUCGCUUUAUGGAAGCAAUUACGGUUAAUGGCCAUCGAAUGGCCGGCUGGUGGCCAUCGUCCUGGACCAUUAUACGUGUUACGUGCUUGGCCUUUGAGCGAGGUGCCGGUCGGUCGGCGGCCGGUAUGCUGACUGGCGCCAUGAAAGAAAGUCGUGGGCGCCGACCGGCAAGAACAGUCAUCUGGCGCGCGUCCCCCGACGAUGUCCAUCCAGUUACACCGAUACUAGGUAAUUAUCUUCGCGAUGACCACGUCAUCUGCUCGUCCCGUAGCGGAUCGUCAGACCGACCGACGAAGAGGCGAGCCGAAUUCGGUACCAGUUCGAUUCGCUUUGGUGUGAGGUCUGAAUCGAGGCCGGCCUCCGCCUGCGUUCCUCCCUCCUCGCCUCCUUCUUGUGUCACCUCGCUUAUCCGGCGCUCGAUCUCCGCAGGAACUUACGCGCGCGCGGCUGCGGCUGAACAGAGGAAGGCUCAGAGCACAAGACUCGAACUGAAGACUCGAACAUUAAUCAUACGGAAGUUUUGGCGGCAUCGCACGCCAGAGACUCUGCGAAAACUGUACCCCUCACUACCGCCGUGUCCGCCUGCGUCUCGGCUUUCCGAUGACGAAGACGAAGAGACCGAAGGCCGUUCUGAUGAACUGAGGUGCGCCACAUCCGCCGCGACCUCAUGGAUUCUUCAUCUCGGUCGCUGCUCCUCGUCCGACACGGCAGGAAGCAUGAGGAUCACCAGUGGCAACAGUCAUACCAAUCCGCUGACAGGUACUCGACGACCUUCUGUCGCUUCUCCUGCUAUUUCUUCCACUGGUUCUCCUCGCCAGACGCCUGUUCUUCAUUCGCCUGUGCUUCCUCACCGUCAUCACUCCUCCGUUCUCACCUCGUUCAAAGGAGUCUUUUUCCUGACGCUGUUCGCCUCAUCGUUCUGCCUGCAAAAAGCGUACGGAAUCGGAUGGCUGUAA